GUAAUAAUUUUUUGGAUAUAUUGUGUGAAAAUAGUGCUAUUUAGUAAGAAUUUAGCGACUUAUUACAAAAUUAAUUAUACAUUAUAUAAAAUGAGUAAUUAAAAUAUCCUCUAAUUAAUUAGAGUUUUAAAAACUUUUUUACUUACAAAUCUAUUUGGUUAGAUCACAUAACCUCAAAUUUUAUUUACAAGUAUCAAAAUGGUCGUUGAUAAAAGUCCUCUGUCAGGUUCGGUUUUGGAACAAUUUGUAAUUUUGGCAAAAUGUACGAAAGGAGCGGCGUGUGCGGAAUUAGUCAAACAAGUUUUAGAAGCUCCGGGAGUAUACGUAUUUGGUGAACUUCUAGAUAUGCCGAAUAUUUUGGAAUUAGCGACGACGGAUAAAAAAUAUUUCAAUACGUUGGAAUUGUUCGCUUUCGGCACGUUUAAAGAUUACUUGGCUAAUCAAAAUGAAGUUUUAGAAUUAACUCCAGCGCAAAGGAAAAAAUUACAGCACCUCACGAUCGUAACAUUAGCUAUGAAAUCCAAAUGUAUACCCUACAGUACUUUGCUUCUAGAAUUGGAUAUUAAAAAUGUGAGAGAUUUGGAAGAUCUCAUUAUAGAAGCUAUCUACGCAGAUAUUAUACAUGGAAAAUUAGAUCAAAAGAAUAGCCAACUCGAAGUUGAUUAUGCUAUAGGAAGAGAUAUUCGUGCAGAAGAUAUCAAUAUCAUCAGUAAUUGUCUCCAAGAUUGGUGUUCAGCUUGUGAAGGUGUUCUAAGUUGUGUAGAAAACCAAAUACGCAGAGCAAAUUCAGAAAAAAAUAAAUCUAUGCAACGCAAAGCAGAUAUAGAAAAUGAAAUAGUCAAUAUUAAAAAGACAUUAAAGACCCAGUUGCAGGAGAGGUCUGAUGGAACUGAUGAAGUAAUGGCUACUGAUAGCAGAGAAUCAUCAUCUACGUCUGGUGAUAAAGGAAAAAAAUCUCAAAAAAUGAAAGGUCUCAAAAUUCUUCGUUAACAUGAACUCUUUUCAAAGGUGAUAUAUGAAAAGUUGACUAAAAGAGAUGCGGAUACGUAAAAGCUUAUAGGUGAUAUUUGAAAUUAUAUGAAAAAAAGUGGUUUUUGAAAGUUUUGUUUUUUCAUAUAUCAGCUUUUGUAUAUCACUUUUAUAUUAUCUAAUAUCAUAUUUCAAUACUAAUCAUCAAUUGUGUAAAUAUCCAAAUAAAAGUUUUCAAAUGUA